CAUAAACUUUGUCCAUGACUAAAAGAUUUCCAGCUGAGCUGAUGCUCCUGUUUCCUCCUCCUCAUCUUCCUCUGCAUGUCUUCCUCAGAGACGGAUUGAUCAGCAAGGAUGAGAUGGUGGCGUAUUUCCUCCGGGCCAACCCUCUGCUCCAGUGUAAGAUGGGACCAGGAUUCAUUCACAACUUUCAGGAGAUGACCUAUCUGAAGCCAACCUUCUGUGAACAUUGUGCUGGAUUUCUCUGGGGAAUCAUCAAGCAGGGAUACAAGUGCAAAGACUGUGGUGUUAACUGUCAUAAACAAUGUCGGGAACUGCUGGUUCUGGCCUGCAGGAAGCUGAUUGGCCCAGGCUCUGUAAGCAGCGGCUCUCCAGCCAGGCUGACCCACAGCUCUCUGCCCAACAGCCCAACGCUGCCCACCUCUGACUUGGCCACAACAAUGAAGGCCGGGAGCACAGGACCUCCAGGACCACCAGGACACAGGGAGCAGGAGGUUCUUCUCACUGGGGAAGACCUUGGGAUGCUUCAAGUCCCCAUUCAGGACUUGAAGUUAUCUCACCCUUUCUAG